AUCUAUCUGUGCAGCCAACUUCUGAUGAAUUCCUCACAGCGUCCAAAGGCUCCUUGCCCCUGUUGCUGAGUUAAAUUCGAGAUUUGUGGUAGCAGUGUACCUUGUUUCCCAAUCUUGCUUCCCUUUUUUACUGGUGAUUGACCUUAUCUUGCCAUCAAAGCUUUAUCGUUCCUUGUGGAAUUCUUCGGUCCUUCAGUUCGCCAGGCAGUCAACAUCCGUUGCCAUGAAGCUUGACCGUCAUGCACAACUGCUUGUGUAGAAUCCUAGGCAAAGGAGCGGUUGUCGUCUGGGUCAAACUACCCACGCACGGAAUGCAGAUCAAGUCCAGAUCAUUUGUCUCAUCGGCAACCUUCUGUGGCACGAUAAACAAGCAGGUGGAAGCUGUUGGCAGUGUACUCCUGCCCCGAUCGGUCAAUACCAAUCUUUCUCAAGUGUUCUCUCAUCGCCAUACAUGAGUCAAAGCAAGUCCCGCUACCACUUGCAUUUGUUCCAGUGGAAUCGGAUACCAUGAUCAUAGUUGCGAGCGAAUGUACUGAGCAUGAAGGCACAUGCUUGGCUUUUUGUGCAAUGUGGUAUUGUGGUACUUGUCGAGUGAAUCUUUGAAACUGUCAUCGACCUUGUACGUGACAGGCUUCUAUUUUGGCAUCAUGUACUUCUCAAAAGCUCGGCAACUGACUGGGUCAUCCCUCUGUUCGACUUCCUGCCAAGUACUUCGCCGGCGCCAAUGUUGCUUGUCACGACUUCAAGGCAGAAAUUUCAGGGGUCAGCAGCAGCUACAGGAUGCGCAGUAUUCAAACUGCUUUCCAACCCAAGAAAGUUCUAAAACCUGAGCUGAAGGAUGCGACUGAGAUUAGCUUUGUUUGGAAAGUCUGUGCUGUGUCUGAGAUUAGCUUUGUUUGGAAAGUCUGUGCUGUGUCUGCGCUAUGUCUGCGCUAUGUCAGUGUUGGCUUUCUUGUGGUCUUGCGAACAAAGGUUUUGGGGUGCCAUCAUUGUGACACUGCAGCUGUCCGAAAGCUUUGGUCCACGGUGCACGUAUCGAUACUGUUUAUGCUGAUUAAAACAGUGCUUCAAACAUGGGGCCACUUGCGAGUCGCUCGCGU